UGGCAUUUCUGUGUGUUUUUGUUGCCGGCUCGUUCACGUUUUGCCUUUCCGAGCAUUUUCAAGUGGAAAUCUAGUGGGGCUGGAACUGUAAGAAAACAACGCACACAAUGAACACUCGAGCCAGUUUUCGGUUCCCGACGCUAAAUGAUGGACUCGAUAUCCUAAAGGCCAUCCAAAGCAAAACUCCAACUCCGGAGGUAAAGGAGAAGAAUGUGAAAAUAUGCCGUUUGGUCUGCCAACAUCCAUGCCUCUUUGAUCGUUCUAAUGCGGCGUACAGCAAGAAGUCGCACAUAAAUGCAGCCUGGAGGGAUAUAUCGAAUAGAAUGAACGAUUCGAUCAAUAGCUGCAAGGAGCGUUGGCGUAAUAUUCGUACCAGCUACGCCCGAUCCAUAAAAGAUGGAUUUAAUCAAACCAGAAAAUAUUACUUGGACGAGGAGGUCUCCUUCCUUAAGUCGCACAUCACACCGGGAGUUCCCCGACUUCCGCAGGGCCGACGCUCACGCGCCAAUAAUAAGGUGCACGGCCGUAGCGACAGCAUCGAGUUCAUUUUCGACACAGAGCAUGCGCAAACGAAGUUGGAGCCCGACGACGAGGACACCGGAGAUGACGCGAGCACUGGCAACGACUGCAAGUACGAGAACGGGGUGGUGCCCGUGCCGUGGGCCUCCAUCAACCCCGACGAUGCCUUUCUACAGGGUCUGCGGUCCGAAAUGGAACAGAUGAACUUCCGUAAAAAGCUCUACUUCAAGAGUCGUGUUUACGCCCUGCUCGGCGAGAUUUUUGAUACUCCAGAGGACGCCUCAUUCUCCAACCACCAGUUGUCCGGCCGUUCCGAUGCCAACGCCAACGGAGCCAUGUCGACUUCCUCAACCACAUCCGUGCAGCCUUCUCGUUCGUCCAAGAAAGUCAAGCCAAAGAAGCGAUAAUCCUCAAAAGCUAUAUCUUUUUUAAGAACAACACUGAAAUAGUUCAAAUAAAUACGAUUACAAUAUGUA